CAGGCACUCGCAGGAGAAUCACUUACCAUAUGGACUAGCAGUGGGGCAGGAGAACUGUGAACUGCACCUGUCCCAUACACACACACACAAACUCAGGGGAGAGAUCACACACAGCCUCUAUGUGUGGCUGGGACCAGAAACUCCUGGCUGCCUCUGAUCACAGCUCGGCCAUGUUGACUACUGAGGGAGCAACCUACACCACUGACAAUGAGGAGCUCAAGAUGGACAUAGAAGAUGUAGACAUGACAAAAUGGACGGAGGCCGAAUUCGAGGAGAAAUGCACAUAUAUUGUGAAGGACUACACCUGGGAGGGUCCCCCAGAGAGCGUGUCUCUCACCCGGGCUGAGGCGUCUUUACCCAUGAACCUGGCCUUUAAACACCCACCAGACUCCAAAGAGGUUAUUGGUGUAGUAAGCAGAGAAUGCAUCCCCAAAGGCACUCGUUUUGGCCCCCUAGUGGGAGAAAGUUACACUGCUGAAGAUGUCCCCAAAGAUGCUAACAGAAAGUACUUCUGGCGGAUAUACUCAAAUAGAGAGUUCCAUCAUUUUGUGGACGGUCUGGAUGAAGAGAAGAGCAACUGGAUGCGUUAUGUUAAUCCAGCUCACUCCAAGCAGGAACAGAACCUCGCCGCCUGCCAAAACGGCAUGAACAUCUAUUUCUACACGGUGAAGGCCAUUCCUGUAGACCAGGAACUGCUGGUGUGGUACUGUCCUGAAUUUGCCCACCGUCUCAACUACCCUGCCUCAGGAGAGAUUAUGAUUCAGAAACUCAAGAAGAGCCUGAUUGAAGCCAAGCAGCAAGCAACUGAAGUUAAGAAGUCAGUUAAAAGAGAACACAGUGUUUCUGAGAUUUUGAAGGAUGUCCUGCAAGAACCCAGCAGACCAAUUCCCACACGUCCCCGCUGCUCCAACAGCCCAGACCGAACUCUUUACCCCAGUGCUCUCUACCCACUUCGUCUCCCACUCAAUGAGGGCUUCUUGAAGAGUAGCACAGCAUUCAGCCUCCCUACCCGCUCUCACAGACAGUGUUCGGUGACGCCCAGCCCCUCGGGGCACAGCAGUCCUGUGAGCAGUCCUGAAAGCAGUCCUACACCAGCAUCCCUUGAGCAAAGAGACACCCUGAUCUCUUUCUCUCCAGCACUCUACAGUCGUGGUCUGGGUCACUACCCUGGCUACUCACCAACAGGCUCUAUGUCAUUCUACUCCAACCCACACUACUCACGCUACCUCAUGCCCCACUACUCUGUUAGUAGUUUAGCUGGGCCACCUUCCUUGGGGGGUAUGUUCCCACACAUGUACCCCUUUUACAGCAGCUUAGUACCCCCACAUGUACCCUUCCCACCUGGCAUGCUUCCAUCUGAGGGUGGCCGGCAAUUUCUGCUACCUGACUCUCCAGCUCCCAGGGACAUCCUGCUCCCAGCGGCCACCAGUGCAUUUUCUGUGGCCACUUCCCUGAAAGACAAACAACUUCAUGGACAUGGGCACCCCUACGCUUCUGCUGGUUGCUCCCCAACAGCUGGUUCUGCAGCCUCUACAGGUUGUCUUCCUACUAAACCUACCUCAGCUCUUUUGGGUAUCACUCGCUCAGAGGAAGAGGCCAUCAACUUCAGCAAGAUUAAAAGGGGCUCCACAGGCUACAAAAGCUUAGAUUACCCAUUGAAGAAGCAGAAUGGGAAGAUCAAAUAUGAGUGCAAUGUCUGCAGCAAGAGCUUUGGUCAACUGUCCAAUCUCAAGGUGCACCUGCGUGUCCAUAGUGGAGAGCGGCCCUUUAAGUGUCAGACCUGCAAUAAAGGUUUCACCCAGCUUGCACACCUGCAGAAACACUAUUUGGUCCACACAGGAGAGAAACCCCACGAAUGCCAGGUGUGUCAUAAGCGCUUCAGUAGCACCAGCAACUUGAAAACCCAUUUGCGACUUCACUCCGGUGAAAAGCCCUAUCAGUGCAAGAUCUGCCCAGCCAAGUUUACUCAGUUUGUCCAUCUCAAGCUGCACAAACGCCUGCACACGCGAGAACGUCCGCACCAGUGCCCGCAUUGUCACCGCAACUACAUCCACCUCAGCAGCCUGCAGCUCCACGUCAAAGGCUACUGCUUAGCGGCCUCUCCUUCUCCCAGCUGCAGCUUGGACGAACUCAACCGUGUCAACGAGGAGAUAGAGCGCUUCGACAUCAGCGAUAAUGCUGACAGGCUAGAAGAAAUGGAGGGAUUUGAUGUGGAUAGCAUCGUGGAGAAGCAGAUAAUUGGGCUACUUUGGCAGGAGAUGGAUUUUAAGGCUUCUUACCACAAAGGUAGCACUGGACGUGACCUCCACCCCCCACCACCUCCGUUAUCUGCGUACCGUCUAAGCGAAUAUAGUGAGGCCUCUGUCAUCAAGGUGCAUUGUAGCAGCCCACUCCCGCUUCUACCCAUCAAGGUUAAAAAGGAGACAGAAGAGGCCAUGGAAACCUAACCAACCAGAGCUGACAGUUUGCCUGACUAGUUCUCUAAGCCAGAUUGCGGACAGCCACAAGUGUAUAUAAUUCUUCUCAAAGGAAUCAAGCUUUGGCCUUUAUGUUCAGGGACUUGAAGUACUCAGGGCUAACAGACAUUGAUCCUGUUUAUCAGUGGUCCAGUAUGUCCUACACAAAUGAUAAAGACAAUCAAAUUCAUUUAUUAAUAUUGUUGUUUUUCUUAAUAUUAUUUACUCUUCUUUGUGUUCACUUCAGUUUGUUACGUAAUCUAUUUAAUUUAUUGUUCACACAUCAUCCUUCUAAAGCAAUGAAAAUAAUGUUUACAAUGACUGAUUGAUUCAUUGUAAUUUUUCUAUAUUUUUCCUACUAUAUUGCCAUUCUUAUGUGGAUUGUUUCUAACUGUAGAUAGUGUUCCGGUUGACUGUGAUUUCAUGUGUGACUGCAAAGAGCUUACCACAUUCAAGUUUAUUUUUAAUAUGGGCUGAGGUCAGAGGUAGACCUUUUUGUUGAAAGCCUUUUUUUUUGUACUCCUAAAUAGGGGGAAGAGAAGUCAGAGGUUACAUAUCUAUGUGUACAUGUUUUACAUAGCAUUUAUUCUCUUUGAGCUCUACACAAAAUAAAAUGAAUACAAAAGGGCAUAUUAUAUAUUACCAACAACUGUUACCUCAGUGUGUGUGUGUGUGUGUGUGUGUGUGUGUGUGUGUGUGUGUGUGUGUGUGUGUCAGAGGCAUAUGUGAUAUUUGUUUUGCUACUUGAAAAGGAAACCAAAUGUCCCAAUGUGCAGGUCUACAUGUGGUCCAAAGAACGGCAGUUAAAAGUCUGGCUGUCACACACUGGCUGUGCGAUUCACACUGACACUGCAUUAUCUUAUACCUGGCACGUUACUGAUACCAAAUUGAUCAAGAAAUGAGAGUGUGGAGCUGGUUACCAAAGUGAUUUCUCUUGUAUGUUUUCAGACUUUUUGAAUUACACAAAGAGAUGUGUGCAGAUGCAGUGUACAUCUGUUCUGCAGGCCUGCAUUGAUGUUUGCGGAUACAUCACCCUGGCCUGUGUAUGCACUGUUUUUUUUGUUCUGUUUGUACUUUUUUGUUGUUGUAUGAAAUAAGAUUUUUCCAGCGAUAUAGUAGGACAAUGUAUCAGCAAAAUGUGCUGUGAGGUUGUAGCAUCUCGUACACUUUCUGUCCUAAAGUUUGACCAAAGUCUACCCCUCAUCUUCAGCUUUAAAUGAAAGAAAAAGACUGUCUUUGUUUACAUAUUGGUUUACGUAGCUAUUUAAGUAAAGCUUGAAAAAAUGUAAAUUAUAAUAUAAAUCUUCACUGA